AUGGAAGAUCCAAUGGAUCAUGAAGUUACCGAAUGCUCAAUUCCGCUGCCACGGAGUCUGGACACCAGAGUCCACAUCCGCCUGCAGAUCAAGUCCAAAGUCAUCAUCGUCUUCCUCACGACCACCACUGCAGACGAGGCAGACCAGCCGGUGCCCAUGGGGUCAUUUGUCUACGCAUUGCCAGACAGAUACAACCCAGACCAGCCCCUCUCAACCACCAUCUUCUCGGUAGAGGCGACUCUGGACUUCACCACACGUAUCGCCAAGAUCCUGGCCAAGAAGACUCACAUGCCCGUGUAUGUGGGCAACUCUAUGAGUUUUUCCAGUACCAGUCUGGGAGGCACCGAGGAGAUGGAGGCAUUCCUGAAGGUUGCUAAGGUUCUGACUGACAAGCUUCGGGGGAUCAACAUGGCAAACGGCGUUGACGCUUCAUGA